AUGGAUGAAGAUCGCGGCGGCGGCGGCGAUGGGAAGAAAGAAGGAGAAGCGGAGGUGAAGUACCGGGGAGUGAGGAGGCGGCCGUGGGGGAAGUACGCGGCGGAGAUACGCGACCCCAACCGGAACGGCGCCCGCGUGUGGCUGGGAACGUAUGGCACGGCGGAGGAGGCGGCCAGAGCUUAUGACAGAGCGGCGCAUCAAAUGAGGGGUAAGUUCGCCGUCCUUAACUUCCCCGAAGACUACCCUUCGCAGGUUGUUACGUCGGACCCAAUUUCGCAUGUUGCUUCUGGUUUGUCGUCGACGGAGGCGUCGGCGUCGGCGUCUUCUUCAGGCGGCGCCGCGGUGGAAAAUGUGGGUAAGGGUAGUGUUGAAGAAGGAGGAGAGACGACGACGACGAAAGAAGUGAUCGAGUUCGAGUGUCUGGAUGACAAAUUGUUAGAAGACCUCCUCGGCUGCCACGACACAGAAGAACCUAAGAAGAAGUAA